CCGCUGUCUCCUCCUACGACAUGCACGAAAGUUGGCCACUUAAACUACUUCCAGCCAGCCGGCAGACAUUAUACCGAACCCAAACUACACCAGGGGGAAAAGAAUAACACCGCGUUUCCCACAACGCAUCAUCAUUUAGUCGCUUGCGCCUCUUUUUUUUAAUUUUUGUCUUUUGCAAACUUACCUCUGUAGAGGCUUUCGUUUCAUCUGUUGCUGCAUUUAAUCGUCCUAUUUUUUGGCAUAUUUAUCAAGCAAGAGGAGAGCAUCCCUUUUUAUUAUUCCCCCCCACCCCCGGUGGAAGAAGGGUCUGUCCAGAUUUUCUCCGCCUGGGAUUUGGGAUUUGACAGCGCCUAUUCUCUGAUCUUUCCAAACACAUUCCGUUUUACCCUUUUUUUUUCUUUUUCUUUUAUGUUUCUUGACUUGGACUUUCAGAGUGAAACAGGUUCUAUAGCGCUGUGAUUUUUUUUAUUUAUAUAUAUUUUUUUGCCUCAGUAGCUACAGGAUGGCUACUUUACCGGGAACAGUGCCUCGGAUGGUGCGCCCUGCGCCAGGCCAGAACUACCCACGAACCGGCUUCCCCCUGGAAGUGUCCACCCCUCUGGGCCAGGGUAGGGUGAACCAGCUUGGUGGAGUCUUCAUCAACGGCAGGCCCCUGCCAAAUCACAUCCGACACAAGAUAGUGGAGAUGGCCCACCACGGCAUCAGGCCCUGUGUGAUCUCGCGACAACUGCGAGUUUCUCACGGCUGCGUCUCCAAGAUUCUGUGCCGGUACCAAGAGACCGGCUCGAUCCGUCCGGGGGCCAUAGGGGGCAGCAAGCCCAGGCAGGUGGCAACUCCCGACGUGGAGAAGCGGAUCGAAGAGUACAAGAGGGAAAACCCGGGUAUGUUCAGCUGGGAGAUCCGGGAUAAGCUGCUGAAGGACGGGGUGUGCGACAGAAGCACUGUUCCUUCAGUGAGCUCCAUCAGCCGCGUUUUGAGGGCCCGAUUUGGCAAAAAAGAUGACGAGGAUGACUGUGAUAAGAAGGAUGAAGAUGGAGAAAAGAAAACAAAGCAUAGCAUCGAUGGCAUCCUCGGUGAUAAAUGUAACCGCACAGACGACGGCUCGGAUGUUGAUUCGGAGCCAGAUUUGCCGCUGAAGAGGAAGCAGAGGCGCAGCCGCACCACCUUCACGGCGGAGCAGCUGGAGGAGCUGGAGAAGGCUUUUGAAAGAACGCAUUAUCCCGACAUCUACACCCGAGAGGAGCUGGCUCAGAGGACGAAGCUCACAGAAGCCAGAGUACAGGUGUGGUUCAGCAACAGAAGAGCUCGGUGGCGCAAGCAGGCCGGCGCCAACCAGCUAGCGGCCUUCAACCACCUGCUUCCAGGGGGGUUCCCGCCCACAGGAAUGCCAACUUUGCCCACCUACCAGCUGCCGGAGACCAGCUACCCCAGCACCACGCUAUCGCAGGAGGGCAGCAGCACAUUGCACAGACCCCAGCCCCUUCCGCCGUCUUCCAUGCACCAGGGAGGCCUGAGCGCCGACAGCAGCUCCGCUUACGGCCUGUCGUCAAACCGCCACAGCUUCUCCAGCUACUCCGACACGUUCAUGAGCCCCUCCGCUUCCAGCAACCACAUGAACCCCGUUGGCAACGGGCUCUCCCCACAGGUGAUGAGCAUCCUGAGCAACCCCAGCGCUGUACCCUCGCAGCCCCAGCACGACUUUUCCAUCUCCCCGCUUCACGGCAGCCUUGAGAGCUCCAACCCCAUCUCUGCCAGCUGCAGCCAGCGCUCCGACACCAUCAAGAGCGUGGACAGCCUGGCCUCCUCCCAGUCGUACUGCCCUCCCACCUACAGCGCCACCAGCUACAGCGUGGACCCCGUCACUGCGGGCUACCAGUACAGCCAGUAUGGCCAGACUGCCGUGGACUACCUGGCGAAGAACGUGAGCUUGUCCACCCAGAGGAGGAUGAAACUCGGGGACCACUCGGCGGUGCUGGGCCUGCUGCAAGUGGAGACGGGACAGGCCUACUGAAGACGACCCAUCAUCCUCUGCCUCCGCCUCCGCCUCCUCUCUCUCUCUCCGUUUCGCCCGCCUCUGCCUCAGCUUGUUCCACGCUCUUCAUCAAGUCUGGACUCCAGGUCGCCUUCUCCGCUGCCCUGCCGUGACCUUGGAGAAAGCAACGCUUUUUUGGGGGCGGGGAAUGCGAACGGCAUCGUCGGGCAACCUCCAAUCCUUAAAGAGUAUUUUGGCUCCGAGGGGGCCCCCCAAACGGGAGCCAGAGGAGGGCGGAUAUGCGUCGCCUCGGACUCCCUCUGGUUCACGGCUGCAGUCCGGCACACAUUUAGAGCCAUCGACGACACAUACUUUGACCUUUUGCUGUUCAUAGUAGUUAACGAAGCCGACAUCAUUUUUGAGUAACUCUUAUUCCUCGUUCCCUUUUUUUGAUAUUGUUAAGCCUAUUGUUGCUGUUAUAUGAUUAUGGUUAAUGUGAUUUUUGUUGUCGUUUCGAAUCCGCUCGUAUCUCUUUUUUUUAUCCGUUUGAUGUCGACGGGUUGCGAAAGCCCGCGGAGGACGACUGAGACGACUGAGACGGCGAGCGUGUCUGUUGCCCGUGCGUGUACGCUCGCGUGUCGGGACGUUCACACAGCGAGAGGAGAUGAUUGUUUUCCAAGCUGCUGCUCCCCCGAGCUCCGGCGCUCGUGAGCGAUUUGACCUUCCCACUUUCAUAUUCCUCUUGACAUUCCUAAAGAACUUGGCCACUCUGUGGGAAGUCUGGCUGGAUGGAUUCAGCGGGGAAUUUAAGCAGCGCACUGGCGGCCAACAGCUUCCCCGCCACCCCCCCUCCUUCUAACCUCCAUCCCAUCCUUAGCCGCGGCCCGUAGGGAAAGGGGAGCAUUGUUUGCAAAAACAGGAUUGGGGAAAUUAAUGUGUUUUGAAAUAUGGACCUUGCCAAGGAGGGCUAACUCACUGAAAACCACCAGCUCCUUCCUCCCUCCCCCUCCCCACUCCUCCCCUAGAAAGCCCAUCUUCCGGGGGAAUCCUGUGUUUGGCUUAAACACUGUAAAGCUGAUUAAAUCACACAAAUAUAAUGUCAAAGCUAAUUCAGAGUGACCCUUUUUCCAUUAAUAGCCCCAGCAUUUCAGUUCCCUCGCCCAUUUUGUAAAUGCACCUUCGGUUCGUUUCCGCUCCCCGAAUAAAACAACCAUUCCUUCGAAAACAUUCCUCACGCUUCGUCUAUUAAAGAAAAAAAAAAAAAAAGAAGAGAAAUGUAGGAAAGCAUUCCAGCGGUUUCUGGUUCUGUUGUGAGAUUAAAGAGAAGACAAGCUGUGCCAUUCACGUGCACGCUGGAAAAUCACAUAAUCCAGUCAGCUGUGAAAGGGCACAGGUAACGCCGCUGAUUGGCCCCCCACUUCGGUUUGGACCGGAGCCUCGCUCUGUAAUCCUCCAGCUUUGACGAACCUCGCCAAAAUGUAGAGAAAAAAGGAGGAAAAAAAUUGAAUAGUUUGAUAUGAGACAUUCGUGUAGCACUCAUAGUUGACUUCUAACCAUGAUGGAGGACCAGCUAUUGGUUGUAGGUGUUAUUAUUUUUUACGGACGUCGCUGUACACAGAGGAUUCGGCCCGCCGUCGCCUUUUUAAAAGCAGUAAAACAAUUGUACAUUUCCAGGAGCAGAUUGUGUAUUGUUUGGUUCUACAGAGUAUGUUUUCUACUAAAAUAAUGAGUGGGAGGUCAGCGAGGGAUCUGUGAAAGUAAAUGUUUUAUUUGGCUUUCUUUGACCGGCCUGUUUUCUGUUGUUGUUGUUUUUUAUUUAAUUGGUUAAGUUGUUUGAGCCAAAAAGGUUUUUGUUAUCGUUUUUUUUUUUUUUUUUUGGCCCCAAUGAGAACAAAUCUGUAUAAAUUAGUAAAGUAUAAAUUACAAUUAAAAAGUUUAAAGUUAAACGGUGUUUAGGAGGAUCCAACUGAGCUCGAUAAAAAAGGAAGACCUUGGUUUCUGGGAUGGACUCCACAUGGACCACAUUGUACAUUUGAGAAGUGGCAGGAAGAGACAUCCUCCCCUGCCAGCUGGUUUCAUGGACUGAUAACGAAUGGACCACGGACCUAACCGCCUGCACCCACAGCCAUUUUGGUUGUGGCACUGCUGAUGGAUGCGAUGGACAGUAGCCCCCCCUCCCACCUCCCACCUUCCUCCCUCCCAGGGGGCCAAACUGGAAAGCCAGGUUUUGAUUUGUGGACCAAUAAGACUUCAGGAGAACAAAGUUGACUCCGCACUGAACGGCAGCAGCCGCUGCUGCUCUACUUAAGACACCUCACUCUUGUACAUUUAAAAACUGAAGAAUUUUAGAAUUGUCUUUAGUGUAUCGAACCCAUUUCUAACACUUGGAUAUUUAAGGCAUACAGCUCCUUACUCCUCCUCCUCCUCCUCCUCUUCCUCCUGUCUCUUUGAGCCUAACCUCUUUUAGUUGCUUUCUGACAUCUGUGCUUUGCUUUACUCCUCUUUCUGUUCCGCAUGUGUGUAUAUUAUCAUGGUAUAAUUUAUUCUGCUGUAUGAUGUAUUAGAGUAGUGGGAAACUUGUAUUGGUAUUUACUACCUUCAGCCUGUUGGUGUGUUUAAUGUAACACUGGCGUAACUGUUAUCAAUUAAAGAUCCAAAACUGA